GAGACGGCCGCAGCCAGCCGCAGCGCCCACGAGAAGUGCGCCGUCACCGCCGUCGCCGCGGACCAUAGGCAGAGCAUCCCGGUCGACAUCCGCGGCCUUGUUCACGCGGCCAGAGCAAGGUGGCAUCGUCGCCCAGCCUCCUUGGAGCCCCGGUCCUGCCCUCGGUUAAACAGUGCUGCUUGUGCUCGCUUGUGCUGGGGCCAUGUUUCAGAUGGACUUUGGGCUCCCGGCCCCAGGGCCCCGCUCGGGAAGCCUCCGGGACGGGCACGGCCACGCGCAGGGCGUGCAGGGCUUCCACGGCGUGCAGGGCGCGGGCCGCCUCAUCACGGCGAGCUGCAGCCACCUGGACCUGUACCAGCUGCGCGCGCUCAACCAGGGCGGCAAGCUGAAGCUGGCCCAGGUGCGCCUGCAGGAGCCGGACGUGCAGUGGACGCUGGUCGUCGUCCGGGACUUCGGCGGCGACAGGGCGUCGGUCCGGCUGGCCAACGUGACGGGGCGCGGCAAGGCGCAGGUGCGCUUCACGGGCCGCAUCGACACCGAGUCCACGUUCGGGGCCACCACCCCGGGCACGGCGCGGUGCGUCGGCGCCGACGGCCUCAUCGACGAGCUCACAAACUUCCUCAACGGCCAGCAGUGCAAGAUGCAGGUCCACAUUGCCGUGCAGCACACCGGCGCCUCGGCCGAGAACCUCCAAGGGGACGACCUGAGCUCCGACCUCGCCAAGCUACUCGAACAGGGCGUGCUCAGUGACGUCAUACUGCAGGUGCAGGGCGACAAGGCGAACAAGGGCACGGACAUCCGCGCACACAAGGCCGUGCUGGCGGCGCGGAGCCCCUUCUUCCAGAGGCUCUUCAUGUCCGACAUGGCCGAGAGCCGCACCAGCUCGGUGUCCGUGGACUUCCCCGCCGCCGUCAUGGAGCACGUGCUCCGGUUCGCGUACACGGGGCGGCUGGUGCUCGGGGCCGAGGCCGGCGUGGAGGGCGGCAAGCAGAGCGGGGAGGCCGACGCCACCACGGCGAUGGCGCUGCUGGCCGCGGCCGACUACUACCAGCUCUCCGGCCUCAAGCGGCUCUGCGAGGAGCGCCUGCUGCAGCGUGUCGGCUUCAUCCCUGAGGAGGCCCUGCACACCCUGGUGCUGGCGGACCGCUACGGCGCGCGCGCCCUCAAGGACGCCGCCCUGAGCGUGGCCGCCGACCACCUCAAGCCCCUGCGGCAGCGCCCCGAGUGGGCCGAGUUCGCGAGCAACCACCACGACCUGGUGGCCGAGCUCAUGGUGGUGCUGGCCGACAAGCUGGAGCAGGCCAACGCCAGCCUGGCCCUUGGCCUGGCCGAGCGGCAGCCCGGCGGCCAGCCCGGCCACCAGGACCACCACGACGCACGCACGCGACAAGCCGGCACGCUGCCCUCGCAAGGCACACUGUUCAGCCUUCGCGGCCCGCCCGUCCUGUGAGGGUGCAACGACUCACAGUGUGGGGGCGAAUGCCCGUGGUGAUCAGACAUUUUUACGACUCAAUAAAUUAAGUGUUAUCAUAA